GAAGUCGAAACACACCUAGCACUACCUCCCAGUGCGAGCUCAGCGUAUUGCACCCUGUUGCACCACCCGGCCCCCUUGACACGUCCCUCCUCUCUCGCGACGGUGUUUGUGGUACCCAAUCGGGCUCCGUGCCGCUGGUGUUGCAACAAAGCAGUAGGGGCGCUACGGACCCCCCGCGGAUCUGCACGCGCUGUGGGCGGGUAAAGGGAGGAAAACACAGCAGUAACGGUACCCGACUCGAGGAAGGGGGUCAUGGAGCAAGCUGCCGAGGCUGCCGCGGCGGCGGCGGGAGGCAUGUUCUCCGCAGGGGCGCUGUACCCGUUGGAGGUAAUCAAGACCAAUCUCCAGGCACACACCAAGCAGAGCACUGGACGACCCUCGCCGUCGCAGACGGAGGAGGCCGAGGAGGACGGGGGCGGGGACAGACAAACAACGUCCCCGGGAGGGGAAGGCAGACGGGCGGACGGGGAGGAGGAGGAGGAAGAGGGGUUGUUGUUGACAAGACGAAGCAAGCAAGAGGAGCGGCAGCUGGACUGCCCUCCGUCCGUCGCUUCCGUGGCGAAAGACAUUUACUCUCGGGAGGGCAUCGCCGGGCUCUACAGAGGGGUGUGGUACGCGUCGACGCAGAGCGGGGUGGAAAAAGCGGCGUACUUUUACGGCUACGGCUGGUUGAAGGCGCUGGCGCUGCGGGGGGGGGGUCGGGGAGAGCUCAGCACGGCAAAAGAUCUCGGGUUGGGCUACCUGGCAGAGGCGUUUCACCUUCCUUUUACGAUACCUAUCGAGGUUGUUCUGACGAAGAUUAUGACGUCGAAAGAGAAGACAAACGCCUUCGCGGUAAUCCAGGGUAUCCUCUCCGAGAGCGGACCGGCAGGAUUCUACACAGGGAUUCAGGCGUACGCCGUGCUCUGCCUAAAGCCAGCGAUCCAGUACGCUGUUUUCAAUCGCCUCAAGGCAAUCACGCUCGCCUACCGGAGUGACGGCCGCAGCUCGGCCCAACCGAAGGAGCUCACCGCCGUGCAGGCAUUCGUCAUCGGGGCCAUCUCGCGCGCCGUGGCAACGGUCAUCGUCUUCCCGUACAUUCGAGCCAAGGUCAUCAUCAUGAGCAAGAAAACGGGGGAGGGGAGCGGCAACGGCACCAAGUCCCCUUCGACAUCCAUCCUGUCGAGUCUCAUCACCCUCUUGAAGGACGACGGGUUUUCGGCGCUCUUCCAGGGCAUCACCCCAGAGAUCGGGCGAGGGGUAUUGUCGGCCGCGCUGAUGAUGUUGGUGAAAGAAAAGAUUCACAGCACGGUCAAGGGCGCCAUUGUCGGCAACAGGACGUAG